AUGAUAUUUGGAAUUGUGUACAAUAUCACUGCGAAACCAAUAGUUAAAAUGUAUUUCAAAGGAAGCCCUGGUUCGGCCAGUUCUCGGAUCAAAGAGGCGAAAACUAAAAAGCAAUUACAUCAUGAAGCCCUGGUUCGGCCAGUUCUCGGAUCAAAGAGGCGAAAACUAGAAAGCAAUUACAUCAUAAAUCUGACAAGAUUGAAGUUCGAAUUAAGAAAAUCGUUGUUACGAUUCAUGAGACGUUUUCCGAUGUUGUCACGUUCCAGGGUCGUCCUUACCUUGAGAAAAUGUCUAGUGAUCGUACAGAAAUGUUGUAUUGGCUUCAACAGGAACGGCGAGAGACCGCUCUCGAUAUGGCGAAGAAAACUGUGGAACUUAGGAUGUUGGAGAUACCUACGACAGUAAAUAACGUUGUGUGAAUGUGUCAUUUGUUUUUAAUUUAUUGUAAAUGCUCAGUGGGGUGUUUGAAAUUCAAACUAACUUCUCUACAGUCGAAGCAAUAACAAUGUUGUUUAUACGAUUAUCACAUAUGUCUCAUUGGUCACAAUUUUAAGGUUAAAAGUUUGGUCGUCAGCUAAAACUAGAAUUGGUGAUCCUAAAAUAAAACUAGAUUCUAAAAUAUUAAAGUGCCCAUGUCAUAAAAUUGGAAUUUAUCUCAUUAGAAUCGCCGUGAAACGUAGAUUACGAAAAUAGUAAUCACAUUUGAAAUUGAGUUUGUUUUCGCGGAGAAAUAAAGCGAUAAAGUUUGAAAAUUUCAAAUUUUAACGGCAAAAGUUUUUGAAAUCCGCGACAGUCGGAAACUGGUAACUAACACGUCACAAUAGGAACUCGCAUAUUGCGCCUUUAGAUAAAUAAUAGUAUGUAGUACAAGAGAAGCGAUUUUAUGCCAGCUAAAUUCGGUCAUUAAACGUGGCAGAAAUAUGUCUUCAUCAAGUUUAGCUAUUGAGAAGUUACCAAAGGAAUGACACCGAUCAGAAUGUUUUCCUGCCAAUGCAAUGCCAAGAAAAAACAAAAGUUAAGACCAUGAACGCGGCUCAAUGUCAGCCUUGUCAGGCAGUAAGAACACUUCGGACCAUACAUUAACGAACCAGAUGCCGAUGAUAAGCUGAAAAGCUAUCGCGAAAUGGAGCAAUCGUGCAACGAUCAUGGCAUCGAAACUACAACGAAGACUUGAUCGUAGGCGUCAGUAAAUAGCAAAUGUUUUUUUAUUAUCUUGAUUGCGCGACUUGCUUUCCGUGACCCCAGAACAUAAUAUCAUUACGCUAGAUAUACAGUAUUCAAAUUACAAAUAGAUUCUAUGGUAGUAAUCUGGCAAUUGUACUUAACUUAAUUCUAAAGUUUCGUCCUAGUUGAUCGUCAUUCGUAAUUGCGCACAUGCAGUUCACCCGGGUGUAGAUAAAAGGCGGACGCGGACCCCUAAUACAUUUUACUGCCCUAUAUAAAUAUUAUAUUAAUAGCAUUAUGAUGGAGGUUUUCCUGUGGCUCAUGAGUGCCGGUAUUUCUACAAUGUGUUUAUGUGUAGUUAAGUCACGCAUGCCUGUGUGAUUCUCUGGUUUAUUUUCAUUACAAAUCAACUGAGCUAGAGUAUGAGUGCAUGGAGUUCCCAUGCGCUUUCAAAAAAAAUAGUUCAAUGAGAGACUUAGAGUUAUCAAUAUUAACUGAGAAAUCUAACACGUCUCGCGCAAAAGAAACAUAUCAAAUCAUGUGUAUAUAAAUAUAACCCAGUACAUUUCGCUUUUAUUAUGGCAUCUUUUUUACCAACAUUCUUUAGCUGUCUUUACUAAAAUCUGCGCACUCGCAUCUUUUGAGACGUUAUUUACUUCGGUAAAUCCUUUAUCUGUUAACUUAAACACUGCCUAACGUGUUUACAACACAGUGAUGACUAAUGGCGUAUUUGCAAUUAUUGCACGACUGUUGCUAGGAACGUACAAUUAUUAAAGCCAUUUCACAACACAUUUUGAUAAUAUAUGAGUCACUUUAUACAGAAUUGUCUGUUAAGUAAGAACAACCACUUUUUUGCGCAGUUAGCCUCUACUUAUUACUUCUAUGCAAUAGAGUUACUAAAUUGUCGUGUCGAACGAGUUCCUAUUGUGACGUCAAACACCUUGUUUCGCACCAGUCUCAUUUGCGCGGUUUUCAGAGUUUUCAUUCCACCAAAAUCAGUGUUUAGAUGGCAAUAACUCGAAAAAUAAAAAACCAAUUUCAGUUUUGAUUUAGAACUUACUAACU